AUAUUAGCUGGCUCCUCAUUAUCAUAUUCCUAUCAUAUAAUGUGGGUGUAAGAUUAUGUAGAAUUCCGUAGAUCAGUUCCAUAUAUAUAGUAUUUUCCGGUUAUGAAUUUACUGCCCAACUACCCAUGCAUGUCUCUGUAAUUACUUAUAAGUUAUAUUGACUUGCUCUGCUGGUCGUCUGGUCCUUAAUUUCCUAUUAUUUUCCUAUGUUUGACUCAGUAGCUAUUGUCCAUUUCUUAAAUCUUAAGUUUCGUCGAAGUUACUGGCUAAGCUGCAAAGUCAGAUUGAUAUAUUCUUUUUUCUCUCGGCUAAGCUUGGUAUCGAUUCUUUUUUCUAUAAAGCCAAAUCAGUAUUGCUGCUUGCGAUAGCACAUCUAACAAGGCAGUAGAGGAUGAGCCAAUCUCCAUUAUUCAGCAGUGGGUCAGAAUUAGGAAAUUUGGCUGUGACCUCUGGUGUCCUGAGCGAUUCAUGGGAUGUAAUUUCUGCACUUUACAGAGAAAUGAACAACGCGCCAUCCUCGGAUUUCCUUGUUAGAUUCAAGAUUGAUAAGCGACCAAACUGUAACAUCAUUGCUUUUGUUACUUGGCCUCCUUGUACCAAAGAACAUCUUCAAGCAGUAGGAGCAGCAGAUUUUGUUUCAUCGUCAGCUCUCAAACAUACCCUUCCACUCUUUGAAUUCCUCUGCUCCAAAACCAACCCAUGUUUCUCCAUUAACAAACUUGCUGUUGAGUGUUUUAAGUCUCUCCGUGGAGUUCUCCCUUUCUUGAGAUCUGAGAUUUCGGAUUCCAAGCCAUUAAUUAUCACUGGACACGGCCUGGGAGGAUCUGUCGCCUCUCUCUUCACCUUAUGGCUGCUAUCAGAAAUCAAUUUAUCAAAAACCAAACGCCCAAUUUGCGUCACUUUUGGUUCACCCCUUAUUGGUGAUGAAGACCUGAAAGAAGCUAUACUACAAUACUCAGUAUGGAACUCUUGCUUUCUGCAUGUAGUUUCUGCCCAAGAUCCACUCCCCAGAGUCUUAACUUCAACCCACAAUCCUCCUUCCACUGAAUCAGCUUCCCGAACUAAUGAAUACAAGCCUUUUGGCACAUUUAUGUUGUGUUCGGAACUGGGUUUUACUUGUUUUGAGGACCCCGAGUUCAUUUUAGAGUUUUUGAAGGCAACCUACUCAGAGGUCUCGCCGCAUUUCCUUGUUGACUAUAAGCCAGUUGUCGAACAGCUCCAGCUUAAGGUAAUUUGCAAGGACACAAGCUUGUUGGAUGUAUCUAUUUCGCAACCAUUACGGGCAGGCAUUACUGUGCAAGUAUUAGCAACCGGACUCGGACAGCCGUUGCAGCAGCAACCACGGCAGAAUAUCGACAUCAAAGCUCUGAUUUCAAAGGCAGUAAGACGGGAAUUCACAUUGAUGAUACAGAAGACACAGGUUUUUGAUCCGUCCAAGGAGCUGAAUGACAUGAAAAUAAACAUGGCCCAGCUGGAAUGGUAUAAGAAGACUUCAAAAGAUAGUGGAAUUGGAUAUUAUGACAGCUAUAAGAAUCAAAGCUUCACAAGUGAUCAAGAUGUUGAGAAGUAUAAGAAAACCCUCACGUGGUACUGGGAGAAAUUAGUUGAUGAAGUAGACAAAAAGCCCCAGAAGGAAGGCGCCUCCUUUCGUACCCGCUGGCUCUUUGGAGGAACCAACUACCGAAGGAUGAUAGAACCUCUGGAAAUUGCUGCAUUCUACAGAGAUGGCCACACGGGCUACUUAGAAGGAAGGCCCAAACAUUACAAACUAUUGGACCAAUGGCUGCUGAAUGACGAUGGGAGACCUGCAAGCAAUGCAAAUAUUAAUUCCAAGAAGAAAAACGUGGAGGCUAAUCUGACCGAGGAUUCUUGCUUCUGGGCACACGUCGAGGAGGCUCGCAUUUCAUGCAAAUUAAUGCUGAUCCGUAACAGCGAGUCGAGCAUCGUGGACUUGGAGGGACCACAUAAAUCCAACCUGAUUGCAUUUGAAGGCUAUGUAUUGGGGUUGCUCAGGAAUUAUGCAGUAUCGCCUGAGAUUUUCUUAACAAAGAGCAGCUUCAUGGGAUGGUGGAAAGAGUACAAGGAAAUUAUAGCUAAAGGUAUUAUGGGAACUUUUUACAGUUCGCCACUCACCGAGUUAAUGAAAACCCGCCGGUACAGCCAUUAUGCUACUGGCUCUCUGGAGUUCCCUGAAAUUUGUAUGCAAUAAUCAAAGCUUUCGACAUCCAUGUGCACUUGGUUUUUAAUUUGUGUGGGAUUCCGAAGCCAUUCCCCAACAAUGCGUGAAGGGGCUUUUCCCAA